AUGAACAAUUUCAGAUCCAAGCUUAGAGGUUUUAGCUGCCCUGAAAUUGAAGUGAACUCACUCAAGAGGAAAGCAGCACAUGAGCAAGCUCCUGCCAAAAAUGUUAAAAAACCAAAAAAGGCUGAAGUAAAUUAUCUACCACCUUAUCCUCAAGGUGAAACAAGUGGAAGUUUGGAGAAGGAAAGAGUGGACCUCUUACAUGAAGUGAUGAAGAGGGAUAAUUGCGUUGUGGUUGCAGAGAAAAUGGCCAAGACCUUCUCUCUUCGCAGGCAGGAAAUAAUUUAUCAGGCCCCUGCAAUUAAAGACAUCAUUGACCGAUGGCCUGCUUUAUUUGAUGCAACACAGAUAAAUGAAGAAUUCAAAAGAAUAACCACUGUAAGUCUUGAAUCUACAUUUAUGGCCAAAUUUGAUGCUUGCACCUCCAAAUUAAUGGAUGUUGUCUCAUCGAGGGGAGGAACUUCAGGAUUGAGGAUAAGGCACAUUAAGAAUCAGCUUCUAGAGAACAAUACAAUUGAAGUACGGAGAGAGGUGGCCAUUCGUUGCCUGGUUGUCUACCUUGGAGAAAAGGAACAGGACCUCUUCAAGGAGUUUAAUAAUAUUGAAGAGUUUGAAGCAAACCUUGACAGGCAAGUAUUGAACAUUGCCAUCAUCAAAGACAAGAAUCCAAACACUGGAACCAUCCUGAUCGAGGGAGCCAAAAUCCUGGAUGGCAUUGAUGUCCCAAGGUGCUGUGCUUUGCUCAUGGGUUUAAUAUACGCUCUGAAUCUGAGCUAUCCCAAGGAUCUAAAAUGUACAUACGAAGUAUUUCAGAAACUGUUCCUUGAACUUGAUGGACUCAAAACCAGUGGGAAAGUAAUGAAUCUCAAGUACAGCAUUUUCUAAGAACACUUUUCUUUCAAACCACUGCCAUUUUUUUUAAACCCAUGUUAUUAUUUAAUCCAUAAACAGCUGU